UAAGUAGAACUCGACAGUGCUCAAUGCUUAGUGCAUUUCUAUAGAUUGACACUGUUACGCUAGGUAGUUGGAUUAUGAAUUACCAUUGAUUAUUUUACAAGGCUAUAGUUACACAGGUUGAGAGUCGAAAAUGGCAUCUCGUUCAUCUCUUGCAAAAAUAACAGACCAUUUAUAUCUGUGUGGUGCCUCGGCAAUUACACACGAACGAUUGGUACGACAUGGCAUAACGCAUAUAAUUAACAGUACUAAUGAUGUGCCAACGAUUCAAGUUCCCGGAAUCCAGUCACUCAGAAUACAUGUGGAUGACCAUCCCCGUGCUCGAUUAGAUGUACAUUUCGACAGAGUGGCAGACGAGAUAAGUCAUAUCGCCUCUCGUGGCGGGAAAGUAGUUGUUCAUUGUGCCGUUGGUGUCAGCAGAUCAGCCACAUUAUGCAUAGUUUAUCUUAUGAAACAACAUAAAAUGACUUUGGUAGUGGCCCAUGAUUAUGUACGUGGAAGAAGGCCUAUCAUUCGACCAAACACUGGAUUUUGGAAACAACUUAUAGACUAUGAAAGGAAAUUAUUUGGACGCACUACAGUGAAAAUGAUUAACUCUGUAGCCGGCCCGAUACCAGAUGUAUAUAAGGAGUAUGCACGAUACCUAAUAUAGCUCUCGUCGUAAUUGUGUUUUUAAAUUUUUGUUUUUGUUUGUUGCUUUGUUUUCCCUUGAUUGUAUCAUGAAAAUGUGAAAAUACAAUGCUUGAACAUCAAAGAAGUUAAAUAUGAAACGAAAUAUGAAACGAAAA